AUGCUGCGUCGUCAUGCCUGCAGCACCGCUGCGUGCGUGACGGCUAUCCAGGCCACGCGCGCCGCGCACAGCAUUGCCGUGCUGCAGAACUCGACGCCGGCCACCACGGCCAAGAAGCUCGGCAACGCUGUGCCCAAGGAGGAGGUGGCGGCGGUGAACAAGGUUCCUGUUGCUAUCCUGGAGAAGGUGUGCAACCCGCGGCUGGUGGCCUUCACGGAGAUGGACCUUGCCCGCACCCGCUUUGCCCCCCUCAUUGCCACGAUCACGGACGAAGUGGACUACACCAGUAUCGAGCAGCAGGUGGCGAGCAAGUUUUCGCAGGACCCGAGCAAGCUGCAGCCCACUCCUGGCGCCCUCAAGAAGUUCCGCGAGACAAACUGGGCGGAUGUGAAGUCGCUCAUCACCUUCUACGAGGAGACGAUGUACCCCAUCCGGGUGAUGCACAAGGAGUACAAGCAUCACGAGCUCACGAGUUUCCAUAUCAAGGACGUGCUGAAGCGCGGGUUGUCGGCCUUCAAGCAGAGCUACCUCGACCAACAGCAAGAGGAGCAGGCAAAGGUGAAGGCUCACAUGAAGAAGUGCGACGACUUUGUGAGCACCGCCGUCAAGGAUGCCUUCGACACGGCCGUCUGCAACGACCUCGCGAAUAUCCUCCGCAUCGGCGGUGAGAAGCAUGCCCACGCGCAUCGCAUGGCGCUGAAGAUCCUAGAUGACAUGAACAUGAUGAAGGUGCCGUACAACGCGGCCACGACGGAGAUCCUGCAGGCCAUCACCUUCAACGAUGGCCCGUUUGACAACUCACCGCUUCUCUUCGAAAUGAUCGAGUGCCCAGAGCGUGGUGAGGUCCACGUCGGCACCGGCUCGCUGGAGCGAAUCAGCGACGAGAUCCUCAAGCUCGUUAGCAGUCGCCAUCAGACUCCGCUGGACGACGGCAUGCUGAUCCGGUCCCCGGACACGCACCCGAACUUGCAGCGCUCCCCCGAGUAA